CACUAUUAGUAUUCUGUGACCUGGGCUUGAAACAAUGUAUAUAAAAGUCUUUGGGUAAUAUAAAAGAAGACGUAUUUCCCCUUAUUUCGUCGGGGAACGUGUUUUUGACUCUCUGCUUAGCAACAAAUUCCUGUUUUUUCUUUAUAUUUAAGGGAUAUAAAAAUGGCUUUACGUGCACAGUUUGAAAAUAACAAUGAAAUAGGUGUAUUCGCCAAACUAACCAAUGCCUAUUGCCUGGUCGGGAUAGGCGGUUCAGAAAAUUUUUACAGUAUAUUUGAGGGUGAAUUAGGUGAAACCGUUCCAGUGGUGCAUGUUUCUUUAGCUGGACUUAGAAUUAUUGGACGUAUGUGUGUUGGAAACAAACAUGGUUUGCUUGUUCCAAAUUCGACUCUUGACACAGAACUCCAGCAUAUUCGAAACGCCCUACCUGAUACAGUGAAAGUACAAAGAGUUGAAGAAAGACUGUCAGCACUAGGAAAUGUAAUAGCCUGCAAUGAUUAUGUAGCUUUGGUCCAUCCUGAUUUAGACAGGGAAACAGAAGAAAUUAUAGCAGACACCCUAAAAGUUGAGGUUUUCAGACAAACAAUAGCCAGUAAUGUUUUAGUUGGGUCUUACUGUGUUCUUAGUAAUCAGGGUGGUUUGGUGCAUCCAAAUACAACUAUAGUUGAUCAAGAUGAAUUAUCUUCAUUGUUGCAAGUUCCUUUAGUGGCAGGAACAGUAAACAGAGGUAGCGAAGUGGUGGGUGCAGGUUUAGUUGUUAAUGAUUGGUGUGCAUUUGCUGGAAUGGACACCACAUCCACAGAGAUGACUGUGAUUGAAUCAGUGUUUAGGCUUAAUGAUGCUGCCCCCUCAAAUAUCACAUCAGAUAUGAGAGCAAGUCUCAUAGAAAGUAUGUCAUAAGAACACAACAAUAACAUCAGUAAUUAACAGGGGGCUCGAGGCCUAGUCUACAGGGAGGCUACUUUUGAAAGGUACACCCUAUAUACUUAAUACAAAUAUAUUUCUAUUAGAAUAGGAAAACCAGUAAUAUUACAUUGAAUUGUAAUGGAAAUAUGUACAUAUUUGACCUAAGUAUAUAGGGUGUGCCAGCAUCCUUGUUGACUAGGUCACAAGCCACCACUGGUAAUUAAGUGAAAUUUAUGUAUUAUAAGCAUCCCUAAAUAUUUUUGUUUAAUUAAAAAAUCAAUUUUGAAACAUGAUUUAUUUAUUGGUACAAACAUUCUACAAACUUACAUUUUUCUAUUUGCGCAGUAAAAGUAUUACAAAAUUGUUCUAAUCAAUUUUUUCCUGCAAAGGUUGAAAAUACAUAAUCAACCUACCUAAAAUGGCAAUAUUGGCACAGAAAAACGAAACGCUCUGUAUCCAAAUGUACAAAAAAGUAUUCUGUCCCUGAAAUUCAAGCAAAUAUGCUGGCAACAGCCAGACCAAUUGUGCCACAUACCAAACGCCUAGCAGUAUGAAAGCCACUUUUGUGGACAAUCUGAUUUGCCACAAGCACAAUGGCAACACUGCCAUCACCCACACGAAAUACUGUGAGGUCAAGACACUGUUAUAAAUCACAAACACUAUGGUUUGUGUCAAUAUUGAGAAAUUCAAAGAAAACUUAUUUAAACCAUAUCGUAUUGAAAAAACGGACAGCAGUACUAAUUGUGGUAGAACCAUUAAGGCUUUUUGCCAGUAGCCAAUGUUUUUCACCCAAGCUGUUAAAUAUUGUAAAUAGAAAUACAGUGAAAAGUUGUGCUUGGGAUCUUUGCGAACAAAAUGGUACAAAUAUGUCUCAAAUAAAAAUCUGUAACCAAAUAAACUAUAAAACAACCAAGUUAGAAACGAUAAUGAUAGAAUACAGCCACUCACCAAUUUCAACUGUUCGAAAUUUGGAAUUAAAUACAAGAGAUAUUCUUGUCUAAAUAUAGUUUUUCUUUCAGUCUUUACUAUACCAUGUGGUACUAACUUAUGUCCUCCCAUGGAUGAACUCUGCACUAGAGUAUUCUCUAUAUUUUUUAUCUGUUUUGCUCCAUCAUUAGCUUUAAUAGCAUUAAAAUCUGCUUUUAUUUUUCUACGAUCUUCGGUAGUAUAAAUUGAGUAUUUACUCAAAAACAUAAAGAAUGUUAAACUAUAUAUUAUAGGAUAUAGCCGGAAAUGGACAGAAAUGCCGUGAAUUAAACCGGCGGUAAAAGAAUAUCUCUUGCAUUGCAGAAAAUAGAGGGUUAAAACCACCAAAAAUCCUGCCAAAGUAUCGCAAUUCCCUCUAGUACCAAUAGCUAUAGUAAUAGGGUUGUACAACCACACAAUCAUAGCCAAAUCUGCGCUAUAACUGGCAUAAUUCUUAGAUUUUAAUUCCGCUCUAGUUAAAUUCAUAUGCUGUUUAUUAGAUUGACGCAGUUUUUUCUUAUUUUUAUUGUUGAAUUUCUUUGACUUGCUGCUACCUUCAAUUUUAGCUAACUUAUUGUCCUUCUGUCUAUAACAAUCAUAUUCUUUGAUAUUAUUUUUUACAAUUAAACGAAUUAGAACUGCUACUAUUAUAUCUAUGCAACAAAAUAGUAUUUUACCAAAACUAUGAUGAAAAAGUAUGUUAGGAGUUAAUAUUAUGGCCACUAGAGGGCUAUAGCGGUAUGUAUGUCUGUCAUAAGGCGAACGGCCUUCAAGUAAAUGCCUGGAAGCAUCUGUAAACACUUUAUAAUCAAUAUCUGUGUAUUUUAAUUUGGAUAUUUCAUCAUGGUGUACACCAUAAGCUACUAAAAUUAACCUAAAAACUAAAGACACAAGCAGAUGUGUCUUAUAAUCAAUAUUCACAAUUUUUUCCCAAUAAGAACCCAUAUUUGUGCACUUAUUUCUAAAUUUUUGUUUUUAAAGAGUUGGCAGCCUUCUGUAAACACCCUCUAAAGUCAGUAAAUUCUUUUUUGCAAUCAUCCAAAGCGACAUUGUCCCGUUUUAACACACAAGUUGCAUAUUGUGUAGCUUCCUUGCCACACUUGGCUAGUAAAAGAGGGUAUUGUCUAUAUCUCUGCUUAGCCUUUUGUACUGCCUCCAUUUUUUCUAAUUCUUGCUCAAUCUGGACUUAUGAGUUCUAAUGAGUUCAUUUAAAUCUUGUGGUUCAGAAAAUAUAAGAUCAUAAAUCGGUUUUGAGAAGAAUACAAGCAAAGCAAGGGUAGUUGAAGUUCCAACAAACAGUCUUGGAUAUCUAUAAAUGAAACUACGAUCUUUGGCACGAAUUCUUUCAUUAAUAUCGUAACUAAUUCGAUUUUUUUUCAUUUUCGGGAUUUGUAGAGUCCAUACCUUGACAAACAAAACUUUUAUCUUUCCACUUUUUACAGCACUCUCUCAUAUUAUUAAUCGCCUCCCAGCAUUUCGCUUCUUGGAAGUUAUUUUCUUAAAAAUAAAAGUACAUAUUAUGUAAUGGGGUGAAAUGUUGAUUAAGAUUCUCUUACCUCUCAAACAGGUUUGAAUUUUACAAGCAUAAGGUUUGCAAGGAUCUUUCGCUGGCAUGAACUCAUGUAAAAGAAACAAAAAAAUAUUUUUUUUUCUAAAUUUUGCACCUCGUUACAAAACUGUCCCUCCUCUUUCUUUGUC